GUGCUGUAGGCUUCUCUAGAGCACACUGGCACCGUGAGCGUUUGGUGGUAGGUGUGUAGCGUCAUUAUUGUCGGGUCCUACUCCACCCCAGAUGGUGCUUUGCUUGGCCAUGGAUUCCAGGGAGGAUGGAGAAGCCUGGAUGGAGGAGCAGUGGGAGAAAUGGCUUACCAACGACAUGAGUCUGGACGAGUAUGAAGAUGAUGACCUAUCAGAGGUGACGGAGAUCACAGAUGGAAAUGAUGGGGACCGUAGUCACAGGGACUAUAACAUUCAGGAUCACGUGAGUCUCCAUGCCAAUAGGAGUGCGGAGCAGGGCCGGAGGAGGGGUGUGCUGGAGCUGCAGAAGGAGAUGCUUCAGCUGGACCUGAUCGACGCCGAGGGAGGAUCCCAGGAAGAAGAAGAAGAAGAGGGAGAGGAGGAGGAAGAAGAGGAGGAGGUGGAGGAGAGGCCUCUGCUGCUCAUCGAUGAGCGCCGGGAGGAAGAGCGGUCUCUCAUCGCCGCCAUGGAUACGUACCGGCCCAAGAGACCCACCACCCUCAAUCUGUUCCCACAGGUACCCCACACUCAGGACACAAUAAAUAAUAACUCAUUUGAGAAGGACAGAAGGAAAGAGAAGAAGACUCAUUCCUCUUCACCUCAUAUAAAAGGAGACAAGGCUUCUACUGCUGAACAUGUUAGUCCUAACGUUGGGGACAAAGUCCAAGCAAGUGCCCAAGUGGAUGCUAAGCCUGGUGUAGCCGACUCUACAACACACAAAACUUCAGCCACCAACUGCAAGAAGCAGGGCAAACCUUCAGAGUCCAGAGUCAACAAAGUCCAGGCUGAUAAACACACAGACAUGCGAGAUACCACCAGAAGCGGGACUCUGGUAGAGGGCAGCAUGGGAAAUAUCUGCAAGGAAAAGGCACACUACCACACCCUGAACGGCUGCCGUGAACAAGUUCAAUAUCCUCAGGAAAAUGGGCAUAUACAGAACAACUCGGACGAAAACAAGGACAGGAGCAAGGAGGAGACCCAGGAGAUCCACCUGACGCCUGUUUGUCCUGAACAGGAAAGACCUUUCCUUUCACAGAGCAGCGACAGCAACCGCAUGUCCAUCAGUUCUGAUACCGAACUCCCAUCUUUGCAUUUCCAUUCUUUGGCUGAACGCACCAACCCCUCCAUCAGUGAGGAGGAUGAAGUCUACCCCCCGACUCCGCCUUGCAGGACUGAUAGCCUCAGUGAGGCAACAGACUCCAUUUCAGCUGCAAAAGCAGCAGACGCCGUAGCCUCGAACGCAGCCGUCAGCCAGGACGCCUCGGGACUGACAUACGACUCGGUGAAGUACACCCUGGUGGUGGACGAGCACGCCCAGCUGGAGCUGGUCAGCCUGAAGCAGUGCUACCAGGGCUAUGAUAGCGACAGCGACAACACCGUCUAUGAGUCGGCUGUCGAUGAGGACGAGGAGGAUCAUGAUGUAGAGGAAGAUGAUGAAGAAUCAGGAGCCAGAAGUAUGAACAGAGACACUUCUGGAUUGUCCACGGACUCUGCCACCGACACCACUUCAGACGCACCCCGCUCUCGCAAGUUCGUCAACCUCUUUGUGAACAGGUUUCCCCGCUUUCCUGGUGUGGAAUCGUUCGGUCUUUUCUCCUGCAUUAUCGAUGGUGAAGAAAGAGAGCAGAGCCACAGAGCAGUGUUCAGGUUUAUCCCGAGACAUCAGGAUGAGUUAGAAUUAGAGGCAGACGACCCGUUGCUGAUGGAAAUGCAGGCGGAGGAUUUUUGGUGUGAAGCUUAUAACAUGCGCACAGGUUCCAGGGGAGUUUUUCCUGCUUUUUAUGCUGUAAAGGUCACCAAGGACAAAGAACCUAAAGAGGUGAAAAGCGACUGGUUAGACACUUUCUGGGUGAAAUUCCUGGGUUCGGUUCAAGUGCCAUAUCAUAAAGGGAAUGAUGUGCUUUGUGCAGCUAUGCAGAAGAUUGCGUCAAACAGAAGAAUGAUGCAGUUCAACCCACCGUCUGUGUGCAUUGUGGAGAUCAACAUACGGGGGGUGAAGAUCAUCGUUCAGGACGAGUGUCAGGUUUCUGGAAGGGGUGACAAGUACUGCCACUUCUUUCAGCUGAAGAACAUUUCGUUCUGUGGAUGCCACCCAAAGAAUAACAAGUAUUUUGGACUAAUCACCAAACACCCAGCACACCAGACGUUCGCCUGCCAUGUGUUCUUCUCGGAGGAACACGCCCCAUAUCUUGCUGAAUCCGUUGGGAAAGCAUUUCAGCAGUUCUAUAAAGAAAACAUGGAGUACUCCUGCCCUACAGAAGACAUCUUCCUGGAAUGAGCUUUGCUCCGUCGCGUUCCUUUGCACUGCUCCAUACCCUGUUCUAUAAAGUGUUGCAUGUUGGGUCACAGAAACCUCCUUAACAGGUCCUGCUCUAACACUCAUUUCUAUUUUAGGCAACGCGUACUUAUAAAAAGACAUGAUGUGUGUUUACAGAGCUGUUUUUGACUAUUGCAUCCUUUAAAUAUCAAGACUCCUAAAGCUUUUGCUAACAAUUUGAACAUGACAAUAAGAGGGUAUUGAGUCUAUUUUAAAGGCAUUAUCAUCAAUAACCGACAGUGCAGAUGCUUCUAAAUCAUUUAUUUAGAACAUAUGGCUGAAUUUAUGAAAGUGUAUAACUGUAAAAUGCUUUGUUUAUCCAGUAUUGAACCAAAUGUAGAGGCAUCUGUUACCCAUUAAAUCAAAUCAAAGAUGCUUGCGGCCCCAAGGAGGCGGGUGGGCAGGCGGGCGUGUUUGUCUUAAAUUCACUUUGAUUGGCAUGCACUUUUCUCAAGGUAUUGGGUUGUACAGUUGAGAUUAAACGUUACACACAUCA